AUGAGGUUCUCUCUCAUCUUUGCACUGUAUUUAGGUGGUGUGCAAUUGAUCAUGGCGGACCUCGCCUUAGAUCACAGCGGCCCUGAGGCUGCGGCAGCUGGUGCAACUGCACGGAAGAUCAGGACCACCAAGAGACUGCUGCCGGAUGCUUCUGUUGGGCGGCAAGAGGAAGAAGAUCGCUCGGACAACGAAGUAAUACUGAUCAAGGAUAUGGUGUUGAAACAGCUCAAAUCUCCUGACAAAUUUCUUGGAAUCAGUAAAAAGAUCGUUGAUCUGUUUGAGCCACAAAAUCCGUCAGUGGUUUCAGCCGCCCUCGCAGAUGCCGUCAAGGACAGGGUUACCGGAGAAAUGCUACGUCUGUGUGGUUUGUUUGUUCGGGUCCACAUACGUGAGCAGGAGCAUACAAAUUCAGCAGUCGAAACUUUCGCAAGGCUCAGGCUCAAAAGUUCGUCAGAGCUUCCGCCUGGGACGACGCAGCUUGGUCAGGACGCUAUAGUUGUUCGCGCUCUCCUGAAAGAGUGGAGCAUGAGGGGGCUGGCCAUCAAAGUGCAUCGGGCAAGUAAAGCGCCAGCGUCGCAGGAAAAGGCGGAAAGGGUCAAAGCGGCGCUGUUCGAAGAGUGGUGCCACGUGUAUAAUCCCGAGCAGCUCGGAGAGGCGCUUAAGAAAGCUGCGAGGCGGAGCGAUCCGCCCGGUGAUUCUGCCAUUGUCAAGGUAAUUGUAGCUGAGUACAGGCCAUACUACGAAAAACGCGCUUCCGAACUGGCAGUGCUGGACCGCCUAAAUGAACUCGCGAAAAAAAGUUUAAAAUAA